GAUAAAUUUGAAAUUAUUUUCCCUCCGCUAAACUUAUAAUAAAAAAUAUUAAAUAACAGCAGAAUCGUCUUUGUUUAACAUAAAAACACAAUAAAAUGGCCAAUCCGCCGCCAUGGCAGUCAUGUUUAUGGGCAACUUAUUCCUCGCCGAAUUCCCUAAUUACCAUUGGCCAGGAAGCCUUGGCUGUAUUGCACGACAAUACCAUACACUUUACGGAUUUAAAAACACGAAAUAAAUUGUUUUACAAUAUUGAUAAUCCGGCGGUCGGCUUGGGCGCACGAAAUAUCGCAGGACAUUAUUCAUUGCCCAUGUUCGCCUAUUCGGAGACUGUGAUACGGCCAAGUAUACAUAUCGUACGCUAUCCGGAUAUGCAUAAACUGUUCCAAUUGCAUUCUAAGAGUGUGGUCAGCUACGUUGAUAUUAUCUUCUCUAACAAUGAUCUACUCAUCGCACUGAGCGGAUUCCCGGACUAUACCUUUCGCAUUUGGAAUUGUCGUACCGGUAAUUUACUCGUAGAAGUCGCUACAGGCAUCAAAUGUUCAUCCUACGCCGUACAUUGCUCCAGCCGUACUUGGCCUAUGAUCAUGCAAUAUUCGAAAUUCGAUAAAGCGAUUGUCUUUUGGGAAAUGCAUUAUUCAGCCGAGGCGAUGAAGCUACAUGAAAUAUCCCGUAUACAAUUGCAAAAAUCGAAUUUGUUGAGUACUCAAUUCUCAAUGUGCUCCCUGGAUGAUGUGAUGUAUGUUGUGAACGAUUUCGGUGUUGUCUUCAGCGUUGAAGUUGCGCAAUUCUUUCUACUACGCCAAUGGGGCACCACAUUCUCGAAUCAGGAGCAACCACAGGCUUACUCCUUAUAUCCGCAUAAGCAUGGUCUUAUGGUGACCUGCGUCAAUAGUGUGACAUUAAUAACACGCAAACGUAAUCUUUGGACCGUUGAAUGGGUGCUGAAGGACUUACAAGUGCCAAUAAGAAAGAUUGUCUCGAACUUUGCUGGUGAAACCUACGUCGCCGAUGAUGUGGGCUCUUUGUAUCAACUACAGACGGGCAACUAUAGCAGCACGCUGGUUGAUUUUUCCGUUUCCAAUUAUAGAGUGGAAGAUUUCGCUGUGUUAAAGGGUGUGAAAGAGGAGAAUCUUCUCGUUCUUACGAGAGACAACUAUUUAUGCGCCAUAGAAAUUAUACACAAUACCAAGUAUUCGUCGUUGCACAUACCCGAAGGUGCUUGCGUUGCUUCGCACAAUUCGCUACCCUACGCAGCUGUGGGCACCCAUGAUGGCAAGGUGUAUUUUACAUCCUUUGAAAAGUUACGCUCACCUGUUAUUGUGCACGUCAUGGAGGCGGACAAACAUGGCAUCGCCUAUAUACGUUUAAUGAAUCAGAUCGGUUUAGUGAAGAACAAGCACAACGACUAUAAGGAAAUGGUGGUGGACUUUAAGAAUGAGCAUUUUCAAUUGGUUGUACCGCUGCUGAGUCCCUCCGCAAAGCGGUUGCUGAGUUUCUUUUUGAUUGAUCAAGAAUAUGCUCUCUCGUUCGUAUGUCGUGACGAAAGUGAAUUUGGUAUGCCCUUUUCGGACGAGAUGUGCAUUGUUACAUGGCAUUCGGAACAGCGUGUUGUACAUCGACGCUCGUUCAACUUACCGAAGAAUUACCGAAACAUUACAUUGAUACAAGUCGUUAAUAGAGAUCAUGUGGAGCUCGCCGCUUUGGCUAUGGAUAGUUUUCAAUUGGAUUUAUUUGUUGUAAAGCAUGCGAAGAGUUUGUUUUUGAUGCGCUCUUUGAAUACCGUGCACAUCGCUCACCUCUCGGGCGUAACGGGUUCACGUAAUCUAAUAACCUAUGACGUCAGUACUUUAAUGAUUCACUUCCGUCAUCAUAAGCGUUCGACAAAACCGUAUGUCGUGUGUCGGAAAUUGUAUUCCAGCUAUUCACAGCGAUUGAUACGACAACUGAAAGAAAUCUAUAAUAGCAAAUACUUAGUCGUCUUGCUCGAGUCUGGCUGUUUGAAAGUAACACGUCUAUUUUCUCUGACCGAUAAUCUACGUGAAAAUAUAGAGUUACUCGAAGAACCAGUAGAGUUGGAGUUACAGCGUGAGUCCUUUACACCCUCCAUGGCUUCGUUUGCAAAGCACGCCAUUUCCCAAGAGAGCUAUGAGUUACGCGCCAAUAUUGAUAAACGUCUUGCAGAAUUGGCGGCCGAGGUGAGUGCGCUCAUCGACUACGACAUCGCUGUAACGGGUAAAACUCAAGGAAUUUAUCGGAAAUUCUGUCUGAACUACAAUUGGCUAAAUCAACUGAACAUGGAGGCGCGUAAGGUGUGUGAAUACGAGCACAAUUCAUUGGUGGAAAGUAUUUUGGAUAAGAGUCGCAUACGUGAUUGGAUAAAGAACUUGAUUACACGCAAUACAGCUAAGAUUAGCGUAAAAGUUCGUGCAAUAUUCACAAACAAUGCAUUCGAGAAUUACUCACUCGGCAAAGUUGAAAAAGAGUUGAUGGAUUUAUUCGAUCUAUUUCGUUUUCAAGACUUCGAGGGCUUCGAAGAAGAGGAAGAAACAGAUGAAAAUGUAACGCAAAAAGAGCUUGCCGUGACAGGGAGUGCUGCGCUAGGUCUGCCGGGCGAUGAGGUUGUUGAAGACGUCGAAGAAAUUGUUGUGGCUAAGAAAAAGCGCAAACUCUAUCAAAUUGUAGGCAAAGUGUUUGAGCAUUUAAUGGCUGAAGAUUUUCAAAUGCAGGAUAUCAAUUGGGUCACAGCCAAUCAGUUGUAUAAUCAAGAUAUUAAAUUUAAGGUCCUUCUGGAUGUGCCCUGUCGCGAAGAGUUUAAUAAAUACUUUGAAGAAGUCCGACAAUACAAGGAGGAAAUCAUGAGUAACAUACUCGGCACGAAUGCAAGCCUCACUCAUAUCUACAACGACAUGAAUAUUAUGCUUAAGUUGUUGGGCUUGAAAACGUUUACGCCAGCAAAGCUUACAGUUCCAACACUAAUGAACGAUGAGGUGCUGGAACGCAUUAUGACGGUGGACGACUCCGAGAUCAAAGCUAUCAAUCGACGCGCUAAAAAGGCGGUUGUUAGCGACAAGAAACAUGGACGUUUGCUAUUGUGGUCCUUUGAUUUUUGGAUACGUGCACUAAAUACCAUGAUGGAUGGCGUGUUGGAGAAGUUGUGGGAGGAGGAAAUCAAGAAGACGCCACCAGAGCCAGAGUUUAUGUCGAAACGUCAACCGCACGAGUACACAUUGGAGGAUCAAAAGCUGUUUCGUUUGUAUGAGGAGACCUUGCGUGUACUGCAAGAGGAUCGGAAUAAAUACUUACGCAUUUUGAAUGCGAAUGAACGUAAAACGAACGAACUGAAGAACAGCUACAUACAUAAAUUCAACGAAUGUUGCGCACAAAUGGCGGUACUCAAAUUGAAAUAUGAUUUUGCUUUGAAACAUUUUCGUGUGCGUUUAUUGGGCAUGAAGAUGACCUUCUAUCAGCGCGUGAAUUUACGUGAAACAAUUGCGGAUCUGAGCACCGAAACCAACAAGGCCAAUGAGUACACCAAUCGCUAUGUGAAAUUGAUUGAAUUCUUUGAAAAAUCCGUUGCAGACAUCAAACAGGAUAUGGAAGCAUUGAAUGCACGUGACAAGUCAAUAGAACGUCAAUUUAAGGGCAGCUUCUUGGCGAACAUACCAACUUAUACGCAUGAAUUGAGCAAACUCUUCCGACGUCGUCCGAAAAUGCAACAACGUUCGUUCCAAUCCGCGUUGGUGUGCAGCGAAGUAGCCGCGCGUUUGGCACACAAGAGUCGCUUUAAUUUCCCCUUGCCCGUCGAAGUGGAGGAAUAUUUUAACAAUUUGAAACUUUUGGACGAUUCACGCAAUGCGCCGCAUCAGCUCGAUGCAAAAUAUUGGGAUCAAUUUGUGCGUCUCCGACGGCAAAAAAUUGAAAACGAGCUGAAGAUCAAGGCGCAAGGUUUUCAUUUGACCGAUUCACAAGAGAAACUAAACAAUUCCAUAACGGAUUUGAAUAAUUUGAGAGGUCUCAAACAGCAGAUGAUAUCGGAAACGGAUCGUCUAUCGAGUUCGUAUUUUAAUACCGUACAAAAUCAACGUCUGGAAUUGGUUUUGCCCAUGGGUCAAGUAGAGACGACCAUUGGUGGAUCUAUGAAGAAUUUAUCAAAUUGCAUUCUAAUGAAUAUUGAUGACAUAAACGAUGUGAAUAAUCUUAUCAAGAAAGCUGGCGCUAAAAAGCUGCGCACCAUGCAACGUUUAGCGGUAUUUCGGCGCCAAGUGCUCUACAAGGAGUGGGAACACAAAAUGUACCGUGCAAACAUUGAUUAUCUCAAGUACAUGCUGCAAGUAAUAGAGAAGUGUAAGGUCACAUCUGAGUUCCUGCAACUGCUGCGUAAAUGGAAGAAAGUCAAAGAGGAACGUACGAAGUUAAUGCGUAUUGGCGGUAUCGAACAGAUAAUUGAGCAGCGCGUUACGGCAUAUCGCAAAAACUUGGAGCGCAUCAAUGAAAAAAUAACUUUAUGUAAAGAUCAACUAAUAGAAGUAAAACGUAAGAAUCAAGCCAUAAAUCGUUCCAUCGAUGAGGUCAAAGUAGAUGUGGCAAUGUUCUCAGCAAAUCGUGAUACACUUUUGGAGGAGAAAUUGCAAAGAGAGCGCAAUGAGAGCAUGGAAAAGGUCAAGCGCUAUAGUUUUCUAAUCAAUGAAGUGCGUCAAGAUUACGCUCAUAUACUGGAGUUGAAAACAAUUUUGGAAUUACAACGUUUACGCACGUUCCCAACAUUGGGACCACCGCCAGAUGAUUGUGGAGAACCGUUGCCUUAAUUUGAUAUUGCCAAUUAAAUAUUUUGUUUUCGUUUAAUAUUUAACAAUUAUUUUUAUUAAUUACAUACAUACAUACAUGCAUUGUAAUUUCAUACUUUUGGUAUUAAUAAUUUUUGUGUCGUCACUACACCGAUACACUCAGCGUACGUAAUAAAUUUCAGUCAGUCAGGGAUUUUGCUAACUUGACAUCAAAUAGCAGUUCAUAUUGCCAAAUUCGCAUAUCAAUAGUAAAUAUUUCACUUCAAAUAUAUCGCUUAAGCUGAA